AUGGAGAAUACAACUAGAGAUGAUCCGUUUCUUUCACAUUUUGAAACAUUGGCCGAUGAAUCCCAAAUCAAUAAUAAAUCAUCGAAAAAAAAGCUUGAUCUAUUUUCAUCAUCAUUUGGCUCCUGUCAAUUCUCAUCAACUUCAUCAGAUAAUCAAUCACCUAUACUUCCAUGUCCGGUGUCUACGACAAUUGAUUCGUUUGCAAUAAAAAAAUCUCUUUUGUCAAAUAUCGAAGCAUCAGGUAGUCAAUUAACACAAUUACAAAUGGAUUUUUUUUCAUUAAUUCAUAAUUAUUACGAUGUUUACUAUCCGAAUCGAACGAAUGUGAAUGAUAAUGGUGAACAAUUACGAUUUGUUAUUUGUCUGCAUUUAAUAAAUCAUGUGUUAAAAACUCGUGCGCGUAUAUUAUCGCAUAAUGCAAAACUAAAAGAAAAUCCUGAUCUUGAUUAUCACGAUCAAGGUUUUACAAGACCGAAAGUUCUUAUUAUUGUACCAUUUCGUGAAAGUGUUCGACGUAUUAUCAAUUGUUUUGAAAAUCUUUUAUUAACUAUAGAUGACAGUGAAACAACUGAUCAAUUACAAAUGACUCAUCGAAAACGAUUUAAAGAAGAAUAUGGUGGAGGAGAAAUAGAUAAUGAAAAUCAUUAUGGAAAAUUUCAACGAACAUCGAAUGAAUAUGAUGAAAUAUUUGCUGGAAAUAUUGAUGAUCAUUUUCGAUUAGGUAUAUCUAUUACAAAAAAGUCAUUGAAAUUCUUUCAAUCAGUCUAUAAAUCUGAUUUUCUCAUUGUGUCACCAGUUGGUCUUCGAACACUACUAGAAAAACGUCGUGGUAAACGUAAACGUAAUCAAUCAUCAGACAAUUCUGAUUCUGAUAGUGAUGACGGUACUAACAAUGAUAAUGGUUCAUCUUCGAUUGCUGACUUUCUCUCAUCAAUUGAAAGUGUUUAUAUUGAUCAAUUAGAUGUAUUAUCAAUGCAAAAUCUUGAUCAUCUAUUUUAUAUAUUGGAAAAUCUUAAUUGUAUUCCUGAACAAGCAACAUCAUCAACAGAUUUUUCUCGUAUUCGUCAUUGGUCGUUAAAUGGCUGGGCGCGUUACUAUCGUCAAUUAAUAGUUCUAACAUCGUUCACAAGUCCAUUAUUUCUCAGUUUAUUUCAUCGUUUUUCAACAAACUAUGCUGGACAAUGUUUAAUUCAGCCAACAUUUCCAUUAAACGGUUUUAUACGUCCAUUAUCAACAUUCAAUCAAUUAUUUCAGCGUAUACCUGUAUGUGAUCCAACAUUAAGAUUUAAUUAUUUUAUUGAACAUAUUCUACCACGUUUUGAUACUUCAACAUAUGAUCAUACAUUAAUUUAUUUAUCAUCGUAUUUUGAUUUUGUACGUUUAAAAAAUUAUAUGCGUACAGAAAAACAUAAACAAUUUAAUUAUUUAACAUUAAGUGAAUAUUCAACGAAAAAACAAAUUCUAUUGGCAAGAAAUAUAUUCUAUCAUCGUGAAGUACGGUUUUUAUUAAUGACAGAACGUUUUCAUUUCUAUCAUCGUUAUCGUAUCAAAGGUAUACGUCAUAUAUUAUUUUAUGAUUUACCAUCAUAUGGACAUUUCUAUCCGGAAAUAGCACAAUUUUUAACAUUACCACAUGUUGUUGAUAAGAAAAAAACAAUACCCACAGCUCAAAUUGAUGAACCAAGUACAUGUACGGCACUAUAUGCUAAAGAAGAUGCAUUAAAAUUAGCUUAUAUACUUGGGCAAACUUCUGUGACUGAUUUGUUAAAUUCAGAAAAAAAUACACAUUUGUUUACGAAUAAAUAA